GAACCUUUUAGACCGAGAGGAAGAACAGUUUAACGGCCCGUUGUCAUGACCACCGCAAUGCCAACAUGUCCGGAGAAGAGGAACAAGCAGCAGAGUUCCUGCAGUGGGACGCGCUGCCAGUGCAAUUAAUACAGGAGCUGCAAGAACACAGCGCCGAGGAGCUUCUGCAUAAAAUGCAGAACAUUCUGGGUUUCACAAACCACCGGAUCUGUAUCAGAGAGGCUGUCCUCCUACAGUACUAUUUGUCUGGAUUCUGGUGGGCUAAAGAUACCAAGUUUAGCCCCACACAGAUCUCUUUCACCAUGGCUGUACUCCAUGUACUGCUGGAAAAUCUAAGAGAAAAACAAAUGAGUUCAGUGGAUAAUAUGGUGGUGUUCAUGAAAGCCAUGACUGCUGCCUGCCACUGUGCUCCUUCUGAAGAAAAUGGCACUUCACUUUUGAACAAUAAUGAAGCCAAAGCACUGACAUGCUAUGUUACAAAAAGUCUUAUUCUGAAAUACAAACUGUAUGAACUUCUCUUCAUGAAAUCCGCAGAGGAGCAUCUGACAGGGAUGGAGAGGACCAUUCAGAGAUUCGGCUGUCAAGAUGCUCAUACCUCACUGGAGGAAAGUAUUUCCACCUACUUCUAUUUUAAGUGUGUCUCGUCCCCUGAUUACCUCAUGUGUAUUUAGUGUCACCUGUGUCUCUGUGUCCUUGUCGGGUCCCCGUUGAUUGGCGGCACGGCUGAGCGGAAGCCAAGGCUCACACCGGUAGCAACAGAAUAAGAUGCGUGGCAAACCAAACAGAGAUGACGCGACAGAGUUUUGUGGACUGUUUUGGAGCUGGAAAUAUUAUUAAAAUUGUCUUUUCAUCCACUUACCUGGGUCUACAGCAUCUACCUCACCACCUCACCAAACCAAUUUAUGACACUUAUCUUUCUAUUACUGAAAGGCAUCUGCUGGAUUUCCUCAUAGACAUACCCUAGUUUUUGAGGGUUGGUAAAAAAGCUUCAAGGGUCAUCUCCCUCAGCACUGGCUCUGCCCAGGGCUGUGUACUGAGCCCACUGCUCUUGACUAUGACGACCCAUGACUGCCAAGCGAGGUUCAGUACGAACCACAUCAUUAUGUGUGCAGACGAUUCAACAGUGGUGGGUUUCAUCAGGGACAACCACUAGUCUACAGAAAAGAGGCGAAACAUCUGGUGUAUUGCUGUGAUGCCAACCAUCAAACCCUUAAAGUCAACAAAAGAAAAUCAUUGGGACUGAGCUUCCUUCCAUCCAUGAAACUGUUCACAGUCGCUGCCUGUUCAGGCAGCGACUGUCAACAGACAAA